AUGUACCCUUAUCUCAUAGAAGAAGGCCAGAAAUGUGCAAGAGGACCUCCAUUCCUACUGCUGCUUAUCCCUUCCAUACCAGAAGAGACCCUAAACAGAGAUGUUUUGAGGAGGACAUGGGCAAAUGAGACCUUAGUCAAUGGUGUUAAUAUAGCAAGACUUUUUCUCUUAGGGAGACCGUCUAGUCAAGAAAUUCAGGAGAGGGUCAUGUUGGAGAGCUCCAAUGUCCAUGACAUAAUACAGCAAGACUUUAUAGACUCCUACAACAAUCUCACCCUCAAGACAUUGAUGGGCAUUGAAUGGGUCAGUCGCUUAUGCCCAAAUGUGAGCUACGUUAUGAAAAUUGACUCUGACAUGUUUUUAAACCCUUGGUUUCUGGUGGAGAAGGUCUUGCAGCCUUCUAGUCCUGCCAAAGUGAAUUUUUAUACUGGGUUGCUGGUGGUUAGCGCUUUACCGCAGAGAGACAAAAGCAGCAAAUGGUAUAUGCCAUUGUCACAGUACUCCAAAAACGUCUAUCCACCAUAUUGCUCCGGCACUGGCUACAUCCUCUCUGGAGACCUGGCAGGAAGGAUAUACAAGAAAGCCAGUGAUUUCAAUAUAUUCCCAUUUGAGGAUGUUUAUAUAGGAAUGUGUCUGGAAAGCAUUGGAAUUAAAAUCUCCAAACCAGCAGGAAAUUGGUUCAUAGGAGAUAAAAUUAAAUAUGACAGGUGCCAGUUUUCCAGUAUUGUCACAGUCCACCAUUUUAUGCCACAAGAGUUGCUUCAGCUCUGGCCUGAUUUCACCAGUUACCCAGAGACUUGCAACAAGCAGGGGACCUAA